GACACCUCUCUCUCUCUCUCUCUCUCUCUCUCUCUCUCUCUCUCUCUCUCUCUCUCUCUCUCUCUGCAAAAUGAAGAGCAACACGAACACGAAGCUGAUCCUCCUCCACCCUUCAUCCUUCCACCCUUCUAACCACCACCGCCUAUUAUUCCUCCUCUUCCUCACUUUCUUCACUCUCCUCUUCACCUUCGCCCUCUUCACCACCGUCAACGUCCCCUCUUCCUCCACCACCACCCCCUCCAUCUCCACCUUCUCCCCUCUCCCUCCCUCCAUCUCCAAAGCCCUCCUCCACUAUGCCACCACCUCCAACACCACCAUCGCCACCACCAAACCCAUGUCCCCCUCCGAAACCAACGCCAUCGCCUCCACCCUCCUCCGCACCCCACGCCCCCCCAACUUCCUCAUCUUCGGCCUUACCCACGAGUCCCUCCUCUGGGCCGCCCUCAACCACCGCGGCGGCCGCACCGUCUUCGUCGACGAGAUCGAAUACAUCAUCUCCAAGUUCGAGCAGAACAACCCCGGAAUCGAAGCCUACGACGUUCAGCUCACAACCAAAGUUACCGAACACAAGAACCUUCUCUCACACGCGAAGAAACACAGUAAAAAAGAUUGCAGACCCGUUCAGAAUCUCUUGUUCUCGGAGUGCAAACUCGCCAUUAACGACCUUCCCAACCAUAUCUACGAGGUUCCAUGGGACGUUAUACUCGUCGACGGUCCGCGAGGCUAUUUUCCGGGGGCUCCGGGGAGGAUGGCGCCGAUCUUCACAGCGGCGGUUCUCGCGCGGAGCAAGAAACCGCCGGGGAAGAAAACACACGUGUUUGUUCACGAGCUAGGAAGAGAAGUGGAAGCGGUUUUCAGUAAAGAAUUUCUCUGUGGGGAGAAUAUGGUGGAGAGGGUAGAUUCGUUGGGGCAUUUUGUUUUGGAAAGUGAGAUUGAAAACAGGGAAAGUUUCGGUUUUUGCAGGAAUUCUAGUUACCCUUUAUCUUCUUCAUCUUCAUCUUCGUCUUCCUCGUCGUUGCCGUCAUGACCAUUGAUGAAUCACAGAGGUGUGAUUUUUAGAUAAUAUCUGUAAAAUAAUGUUUUUUUUUUCCUUUUUAAUAUUUUAAUAGGGAAAAAAGUGUAAUUUAAGUUAGCGUUACACAAUAGUGGCAUGCUUUCAACGGUUUUUCUCUCCCCAAAAAAGGGGUGGGAACGGGAAAAUGGAGCUUUAGAAAAUCAAAAUUUUUAAUUAUGUUUUGGUGCUGUAGCUAUGAUUGUAGCUUUGGUUAUUUGCUUUGGUAAGAAAAAUUGAAUUUUGAAAAAAGUUGAAACUUGUAAUUGCUGUUCACGGGUAACAGGGUCAGGGAGGACCUGUUAAACGUUUUUACCGUUUAAUUGGUAAAAUUUCAAAUUUAGCAAAUUUUUUAUUUUUCAAGAUUUAAAAUAAAUUAUGUUUUUUAAAUACUCAACCGUCGUCGUAGCAAAAUCCAUAAUUGAAUUAGGCGGGAGUGUUAGAUGCUGAUGGGAUAUGAGUAUGAUGUGUGAGGAUUUUAAU